UCAACAGCUUUAACAAGAAUUUGAAUACAUUUGUAAUUUUUUUUUUGUUUGAAAAAAAUAAAUUUCAAUUAAGUCCCCUAUUUGUUCUUGAUUCUUUGCGUUCAAAUUUCCUCUUUUUUUUUCUCAUUGUUUAUUUUGUUAUUUUUUGUUUCAAUCAUAUUUGUUUGUAAAAAUUUUUUUGCCUUGCACUUUACACAAUUUUUAUACAAAAAUAAAAAAUCUCUGGCCGAUUGAAUUUUUUUUAUAUUCUUUAUAUCCUCAUCUCCUGUCUUCGAUAUAUAAUUUGGUUUAAUCAAAUAUUUUUUUGAUCAUAUAAAUAAAUGUGUUUGCCAAUGGAAUCAUCGAAAAAUAUUAAACGAUCGGAAGCAAUUUGGAUUUCAAAUAAAAAAUCCGUUGAUGAUAUGAAUAAUAAUAAUACUAAGAUGCCAAAAAAUUCAUAUGACAGCGGUUUUGGUGCAUUCUCCUAUGGUAGUAGCUUGAAUAGUAAUAGUAGCACAAUGUCACAUUCACCGUUUGAUUAUCGUCGACAAUCAUCAUAUCCUGAAGGUCAUUCGGAUAAUAAUGAUCAAUCAGUUCCAUAUGCCGGUAGACGACGUACGAUGACCGUUUCAAGUGACAUCUAUUCAUUUGGUGAAAAACCAUCAACGCCUAGCUAUCAACAAUCACCAUUUCGUCGUUCAAACAGUAUAUCAGGUGGUGCUGAACCGAAUUUCGGUGGCAUUAUUAAACGAUCUAUUGGACAAUUAUUCAAUGCAGCGACUGUGAACACAUCAUUGGCAACAGCUACCAUACAGAAAAGUGUACCGAAAGUAAAAUGUGUUCCAUCAAUACAAACAGCACGUAGAAAUAGUCAUGAUCGUAAUGAACAAAUUACUGAUCAUAUGGUAUCCUAUCUAUGCGAAAGUGCCAUUCGUUAAAUAUUUAGGCACAAGGUUAUCGCUACAGAACGGACAUCGCGAACGAAAUGCUUAGAGAUAAUGAUCAAGACCAAAACCACUUAUUCAUUUGCGUUGUUUAUGAC